AUAUAUAUUAGAAACUCAUACCUUCUGUACUGGACUUUAAAACAUAGUGUUUUUAAAUAUGUUAUUUAUUUAAGCAGUUUUUUUUGUGUGAAACCUGUAGGGCAAGUUUGUUACCGGACAAAGGACAACAACACCGACUAGUCUGCGAAUAUUAUAAGAACAUACUGCUGUGUUUUGGCAUUCAAUACAUACUUUUUUGUUUUGUUUACGUGAGUUACGUUAAUAUUGGCAGGGUAGAGACAUAUGUUCAUACAGAUAUUUACUACACCAGCUUGACCAAUCCGGUUAAAUUUAGUUUACUCAAAAAAAAAGAAAAAGAAAGAUGAUGCGGAUGCCGAAAGGCGUCUCUCCGGCAUCGGGCCGGCCGCUGUCCGGACUGUCUGUCCCUCAGCAGAAGAUCAAGGUUUUGUCCACCGGAGGAGUGAAGACAGAGUUCUUCAGCACCGGCCUGUCCAGCCCACCGAUGAGCUCGGUACCGGCAGGUUACUUCACCCAGAUCUGCAACACCGCCGCGGCCGAACAAAGAGCCAACAGCCUGUAUUCAACCCCCCACGGACCAGAGGCUAAACCCAUCAGAUCAUCCUCCGGGAGACUGCCGGCUAAAAGGAAGCUGGAUCUAGAGGACCCUCUUUACUUGCCAGAGUUCCGCACACCAAAAGACAAAGGCCUCAUCGCAGCCAGGAUACCAAGUCCAAGAACUCCAAAGUCUCCAGGUGAGCGGACACGGUACGACACGUCCUUGGGCCUGCUGACCAAGAAGUUUGUGGGUCUGAUCUCAGAGUCUCCUGAUGGAGUUCUUGACCUGAACUGGGCCACUGAGGUUCUGGAGGUCCAGAAGAGGCGCAUCUAUGACAUCACUAACGUCCUAGAAGGAGUCCAGCUCAUCCGAAAGAAGUCCAAGAACAACAUCCAGUGGCUGGUUGGAGAUGUAUUUGAGGGUGGUGCAGGUGGAGGAGAGAAGGCUUGUGCCCUACGGAAAGAACUUGGAGACCUAGAGAGAGUAGAAAGAUCUCUGGAUGAACUGAUCCUCUCCAGCACCGCACAGCUCAAACAACUCACCGAAUAUGAAGAUAAUAAGAGGUUGGGCUAUGUGACUUAUCAGGACAUCCGCUCCAUCGGCACUCUCCGAGACCAGACAGUCAUUGCCGUCAAGGCCCCCGCUGACACCAAACUGGAAGUGCCAGACACGGCAGGGCAGGGAUCAUUACAGAUCUAUUUAAAAAGUAAGAAUGGCCCCAUUGAAGUCUACCUUUGUCCAGAGGAGGGUCUUGAAGAUGCCAGCCCAGUUAAAAGCGCUGUCACCCCUCAAAAGGAGUUCCCUCAACCCCUCGGCCCUCCAACUGGGACCCCAAGCUACAGCGUCAAAGAGGAGCCCUCUGAAUUCAACAUCACUACAGCAGCUCCAGCCGCCUCCUCGGCUGCAGCCUCCGCGUCCACUCUGCUGGACGUGGAGGGUCUGCUGGGUUUGCCCCCCGGCCUGCUCCAGAUCACAGAGGACCAACUGCCCUGCACCUCUUUCGCCCCAGACCCCAACACCCCGUUCGUCAGUUUCUCUCCACCUUUGGACCACGAUGAUUACCUCUGGAGCCUGGAGGACAGUGAGGGAGUGUCAGAUUUCUUUGACACCUAUGAUCUUGGAGAACUGUUGAAGAGCUGAGGUGCAGAUAAAGGAGGCAGGAGGGGGGGAAAAAAAGAGAUUAACGGAGAAAAUAUUUAAUUUAAUACUUUCUCGAGGUGGGAAAUAUUACACUAUAAAGCCAUAAGUCUUUGUUUGUACCAUGCCUGUUUUAAUGUUAAUGAUUCCAAAGGAGGAGUUACCCCCUUUGUUUAUAUUAACAAAGCAAAAAUCAUUUGUACAUAAAAAUGAUAGGACUGGGAGGUUGGGUGAGAUUGACAUAUUUGUGUAAUCUCCAACCAUUAAGGUACGUUGUUUAAAAAGCAGGCACUGUUUUGGAUAUUUCACAUUGUCAGAUUGCGCUAAAAAUUAAUUAUUGGUUAAUUAUAGUUAUUGUGCAUAUCACAUCCCCGGCAACAUAAUCUGUUUCAUUCAUUUUUCAGGCGGUGUUUACAGUGUGAUAACUCAGGAAUAGUUUUCUUCCUUGUUUCCAAAGCCUAAAUAUUUCGUGCCACUCUUUGGCCUGUAGGGGGCAGCCUUGUAUUAUGACAGCUUUAACUGCCAUGCAGCUUUACAGGAUUCAAUCACUGGAAUUACAGUAAGAUAAAGCCAUCAAGAACUAUACACAGGGUGUGUUUUUAAAGGUGUAAUCUUCAACACUGACCAAAUCAAGCUGUGAAUAUUACUGGUCCUUGUAGAUCCACAAGCAUCUACAGCUUCAGUUCAGCAUCGUGUGAAAUCUGAUUUUUGAGCUCAUGUUUUUCCGCUCAUGUUGAUUCUGUCUGAUCAGUUUUGCUCUUUCCUGCCUUAAGCUAUAUGUCGGGGACUCGUACCUGUUUGCCGCUGCUCUGUGUGCCAAAAUGUGAAAGGCAGCUUCUGACACCCAAAAGUGGACCCAGAUCCAGAGUUAAUGACUCAUAAUAAGUACUUGUUUAACACAUACACUCUCUGACUGGGUAAGAGAAUCUCACUCACUCUUGUUGGUUUGGCAGCUUUAUUUUAAAUCCAGGUGCUCCUCUAUUGAUAAGAGUUUGCUUAUUUUGAUAGAACUUUUUUGAUUAAGUGGUGUGAAACUACUGUAUUUCUGAGGAAAUAACCAAAAUAAUUUAAAUGCAGCAUCUGUGUUGCAGAUGUGGUGGAAGGGGGGUUAAUUGAUGUAAUUAAGGUUUACCUAGAGUAGAGCUUUGCUUUUUCUCUUGUUCAGAAAUGAAUGAAGUCUGUUGAUCUAGCAGCAACAAAAAGGUAUUUGUAUCUUAACUGUUCAAGCCCAUGAAUGCUUUCCCACAUGUGGAGGUGCAACCCUGUUAAUGUCAAAGACAUGGAACCAAGCUCAGAGUAGCUGUGACUUUUAUCUGUUAAAAAAAAAUCUUUUUCUCAAAGCGUUCUAGACAUUUGGAAAUUUGAAUUUCAUGCUGAUGAUAUUUUUGGCUUUCCCUCUACACUGCAGAGAUAAGCUAACUGUCCUGUCCUAACAAAACUUGAAAAUGUGUGUUUGUGUGUGUAUUUGACAUUUUGGGAAGUUGGCGUUGUGGUGUGUUUGUGUAUGAGUUUUUACAAUGUAGAUUAGAGAAUGUGAAUUCAGAAUUUGUAGAUGUGUUUUAGUAUUUGUACAUAUUUGUUUUGUAUUUAUACCUAUUUUUUCUGAAUUUUUUGAAAGUUGAUACUGUUCUUGAUGACAUGCGGCACUUAAUAUUUUGUUAUAUUGUGUGGUCUGUUUGAAAUAAUUAAA